AUGCGAUCAUCUCCUUCUUCCGCUUGUACCCAUUCGUCUUCUUCGUCUUCGUCUAAUUCACUCGCUGCAACAAGUUUGACCAACAGAGUCAAGACCAUCUUCAAGAAAGGUUACGAGCUUACAACUCUCUGCGCUCUCGAGGCCUGCGUCAUCCAUUACGGACCAGACGGAGAAAUAAAGACAUGGCCUGAAUAUGAAGAGAAAGUGAGAGACUUGGCUCUGAGGUAUUCUCAAUUAGACGAAGCCAAGAGACUCAAGAAAAAUGUCAAUCUUUAUGGGUUCCUCAAGAAGAAGAAGAACAAGACAAAGACGACGAAUUUGAAGAAGAAGGUGAAGACGAAUGAUUUAAAGCGUCGUUUUCUUGAGGCACAGAACCAGAAAAAGACGAACGUGGAGGCUCUGAAACAUCAACAACUUAAGACCCAAUAUUUGAACCCUAACCAGUUCUCGCUUUUUAUGUAUAACCAUGAAGAUGCUACUCUCUCUCAAAUCCCUCUCUCUGUGUUGAAGAAUCAAGAGCUUCAUGGUCAUGAUCAGAGCAUGUGUAUGAGUGGCGUUACCAACAGCAACAACAACUUUCACCAUCCUUGCGCCACAAACACACAUGACUACGCAGCGUUACCAUCAGGGUUGAAUCACUUGAUGCAGGAAGAGCUUCAUUGUUGUGAUCAGAGCAUGUCUACGAGUGAUGUUACCAGCAGCAGCAACUUUCAAACACACAAGGAAGAGCUUCAUGGUCAUGAUCAGAGCAUGUGUACGAGUGAUGUUACCAACAGCAGCGUUCUAAGUCCCUGUCUCUCAAACACGGCUUCAGAUGAGCUCUGUUCUGAUUUUCAGGACCCUUAUGGUAAUAUGUUACGGAAUUUGCCUUCGAAGAGUAGUUGA